UUAGAGGGCCCAACUAACCCCAUCCAAAAUAUAAAAAAGUAGGAGACUUUGUCACAAAGUUCCAUUUGUUCAUAUCAUAUAUAUCAUACGAUCUCUUCUUCCUUCUUCUGUAUAUAUAAUCCGCCGGAAAAAUGGACGAGUCGUGGCGCAUGCGCAUGGGAUUAAUGCCAGGCCUCCCGCGGCGGCGCUCCGCUGAGCACGCCUCCACGAGCUCUAUAUUUGCUGCCGCGGCCGCCAAAGACUCCCAUAUGACGCUUGAUCCCGACGACUUUGCCGACGUAUUCGGCGGACCGCCGCGGAGCGUACUUCCGCGCCAACUCUCCCGCGGCUCGACUUCCUUCCACGAGGAGAUUUUCCGGCCGCCGAAUUUCUGCUCUACCGCGAAGAAUAGCGGGGGAAGCUUGCCGGCGUUUAGAAUUCCGGCGAGGAACGAGGGGUUUUAUUGUGAUAUUUUUGGAUCGGGCGACGAUGGCCGCCAGCGGAAGUCGAGAGAGCGCUCGAGGCCGAACUCGAAGGCGAAAUCGAACUCGUCUUCGGUACUGAGCUCCGAGGAGCUGAGUCCUCUCCGGCCGGUCAUCGGAGAUGACGUGGCAUUCUCCUCCUUCGCUUCGAAGCUCAGACCACUAAAUGUACCAUGUCGAUGGAACUCAUCAACUAUGAAGCCAACAGAGGAACACCCAAAGAAACAAGGCACAUCAGCUCUGCAUUGCAACCCUCUUUCCUUCACUGAAAACCAAGUCAUGGAAAAAUUAUAUGAUGAAAAGCUCAGGAGCUCCAACAAUUUCGGAUUCACAAGGAAGGUCUUGUCCCCAGAAACCAUUAGUGUUGGUCCCAAUUCUUGUCGAAGCGUCAAAUUACCUGUGGAUGAUCUGGAGCUCCCCUCACCAUCCUCAGCAGUCUCUUCACUCUGCCAAGAACAUGAGAUUAAAUCCGGGAUUUGGGAUCGCGUUUUGCGGGAGAAAGAAGUGGGGGUAUUGGAACAAGAAGAAGAAGAAGAUGAUGAAGUGAUGAGCUCUUAUGUGAUUGAGAUCAAUUCUGAUCAGCAAAGAGAAGAAGCAGUUGGUAUUGAAGAAGCAAUUGCAUGGGCUAAAGAGAGGUUUCAAACACACAGUAAUUCCGAGAAAGAAGGGAGCUUGACACAACAAGACAAUCAGCAGUCGAUGGAUGAAGGUAGGUCUAAUGUGGAUGAGUACUCAGAUCAUCAGCAGCAAGAUGAACUACUUGUUGAAUUGACUCAAUCUCCAGAGGAUGAAGAGGAAAGGACACGGAUAACUGAAGACGAAAGGAAACCUUCAGAGAAAGAUUUGGAAUUGGAGCUCUUGGAUGAAGACAUAAGGUUAUGGUCAUCUGGCAAGGAAUCCAACAUUCGUAUGCUGCUUUCGACGCUACACCAUAUUGUGUGGCCCAACAGUGGAUGGUAUGCAAUUCCAUUGACAAGCCUAAAAGAAAGUUCACAGGUGAAGAAAGCCUAUCAGAAAGCAAGGCUGUGCCUCCACCCGGACAAACUGCAACAAAGAGGAGCAACAUCUGCUCAAAAAUAUAUUGCUGAAAAGGCCUUCACCAUCCUCCAGGUAAAUAAAUAUUUGGUUAUCUAUCGAGAACUAAAACCUCGUGGUCCAUUUUGAAAAACAGCUCCCCGCCUCGAGGGAUAAAUUACUAACCCUAAUUGUUAACAAAGAACAGUCAGACUAAUUCUGACAAGUAAUGAUGUGGGAACUGUAGGAUGCAUGGGCUGUGUUCAUCUCCAAAGAUGUAUUCAUUAUUUAGUGGAUGAUCUGAAUUACUAUUGCCUUUUGAACUCAUUUUUUACUCCAAGGUUGCAAGUGAAGAAUAAGCAUCAGCAACUUUGUAUGAAAACUCGGCCGCUAUCCUUUCCUUGUGGAAAAUAUGUACAUUAAUUUGUUCGAUUAACUGCGUUUGGGUUUUUGUAUCUGUAUAUUUUAUUUUCGAGUCCCUUUUGACUCUCAUACAAAGUCCCGUCCUGUACGGACCGUCCAGACGUGUUGAGAAAAUCAUAUUUCUACUCAAUGUUCUAUUAA